AUGGAGAAACCUUUACCAGCCUUAGCUAUGAAACCAGAGCAGACCAGCCAUCGAGAUUAUGCCAUCACAACUAGACGUGGGGUUGGAAACAUGGGCAACCGGAUAGAAUUGUGCACCAAUCACUAUAAUGUUUCUGUGAGACAGCCAGAUGUAGUAUUUCACCAGUACACUGUUAGUAUCACCACUGAAGAUGGUGAAAAUGUCGAUGGGAAAGGAAUAGGCAGAAAGCUUAUUGACCAACUGUACAAGACAUACUCUUCUGAUCUUGCCGGUAAAAGGUUAGCCUAUGAUGGAGAGAAGACCUUGUAUACUGUUGGUCCUCUGCCACAAAACGACUUUGACUUUCAUGUCAUUUUGGAAGAUUCAUUUUCAAAACGUGACUGUGGUGUCUCUGAUGGUGGUAGUCCUUCUGGUUCUUGCAAGAGAUCAAAGCGCUCUUUCCUGCCAAGAAGUUACAAAGUUCAGAUGCAUUUUGCUGCAAAAAUACCAUUAAAGACUGUUCUUGUCAGUCAGAGAGGAAUUGAUACACCGGAUAAGAGCACUCAGGAUGCGCUUAGAGUGCUUGAUAUUGUACUGAGGCAGCAAGCAGCUGAAAGGGGCUGCCUUUUGGUCAAACAUGCAUUUUUCCAUAAUGAUAGGAACUCUGUUGAUGUUGGGGGAGGCGUAAUAGGUAUUCGAGGUUUCCACUCCAGCUUUCGUCCAACCCAUGGAGGACUCUCACUUAACAUUGAUGUGUCAACAACUAUGAUCUUAAAGCCAGGUCCGGUUAUUGAAUUCCUGUUAGCCAAUCAGAAUGUAGAGUUACCAAGAAAAAUUGACUGGAUUAAGGCUAGGAAAAUGCUUAAAAAUAUGAGGGUAAAGGCAUCACAUCGCAACAUGGAAUUCAAGAUUAUCGGUCUAAGUGAGAAGCCAUGCAAUCAGCAAUCGUUUUCAAUGAAAAUUAAGAAUGGUGAUCGUGAAGGACAGACUAAAGAGAUUACUGUGUUUGACUAUUUCAAGCAAACUUACACAGAACCUACUUAUUCUGCAUACUUGCCAUGUCUUGAUGUUGGCAAGCCAAAUCGCCCCAACUACCUUCCACUGGAGUUUUGUAAUCUUGUAUCUCUGCAACGUUAUACAAAAGCAUUGUCAGGGAAGCAAAGAGCUUUACUUGUUGAAAAAUCAAGACAAAAACCUCUAGAAAGAAUUAAAACACUCAAUGAUGCAAUGGGUACCUACUGCUAUGAUGAGGACCCGUUUCUGGCUGGAUGUGGCAUCUCCAUUGAAAAACAAAUGACUCGAGUGGAAGGCCGAGUUCUCAAUCCCCCAAUGCUGAAAUUUGGCAAGAAUGAGGAUUUUUUACCUUGCAACGGACGGUGGAACUUUAACAACAAGAUGCUUCUAAAACCAAGUGUAAUUAAGAGCUGGGCUAUCGUCAACUUUUCUUUUCCAUGCGACAGUAGUCACAUUUCCCGUGAGCUCAUAAGCUGUGGCAUGAGUAAAGGCAUUGAAAUUGAUCGACCUUUUGCACUAGUUGAAGAGGAUCCCCAGUAUAAAAAAUGGGGUCCUGUUGAGAGGGUAGAAAGAAUGAUUGCAAAGAUGAAGUUAAAAUUUCCAGAGCCUCCUUAUUUCAUCCUCUGUGUCCUGCCAGAACGGAAGAAUUCUGAUAUCUAUGGUCCUUGGAAGAAAAUAUGUCUUACUGAAGAAGGGAUCAACACGCAAUGCAUCUGCCCUAUGAAGAUGAGUAAACAGUAUCUCACCAAUGUGCUUCUGAAGAUAAACUCUAAGCUUGGAGGCAUCAAUUCUCUGCUGGGAAUAGAGUACUCUUCCAACAUUCCAUUGAUAAACAAAAUUCCCACCUUAAUAUUGGGUAUGGAUGUAUCUCAUGGGUCUCCAGGUCGUGCGGAUGUUCCUUCAGUAGCAGCGGUUGUUGGUUCAACAUGCUGGCCCUUAGUCUCAAGGUAUCGGGCAGCUGUAAGAACUCAGUCACCAAAACUGGAGAUGAUUGAUUCGCUCUUCCAACCUGUAGAGAACACUGAGAAAGGAGAUAACGGUAUCAUGAACGAACUAUUUGUAGAGUUCUUCGUGACAAGCAGGUCACGGAAGCCUAAGCAGAUUAUCAUCUUCAGGGAUGGAGUAAGUGAAUCACAGUUCAACCAAGUCUUGAACAUUGAGGUGGACCAAAUUAUAAAGGCGUAUCAACAUCUUGGUGAAACCGAUGUACCAAAAUUCACUGUCAUUGUGGCUCAGAAGAAUCAUCACACCAAACUGUUUCAAGCUAAUAAGGGUACAGAGAAUGUUCCUGCAGGAACUGUCGUGGACACCAAGAUUGUACACCCAACAAACUACGAUUUUUACAUGUGUGCUCAUGCAGGAAUAAUAGGAACUUCACGACCGGCUCAUUAUCAUGUUCUACUCGAUGAGAUUGGUUUCUCUCCCGAUGACAUGCAGAAUCUCAUCCAUUCACUCUCCUAUGUCAACCAACGGAGCACAACCGCUACCUCAAUUGUGGCUCCAGUGCGAUACGCUCAUCUCGCAGCGGCUCAAGUUGCUCAGUUCAUCAAGUUUGAAGACAUAUCGGAGGAAGGCAUAGUUCCAGAGCUUCCACAUUUGCACAGGAACGUCGCAAGCAACAUGUUCUUCUGCUGA